AAUUCUCUCUCUCUCGGAGAUUCAAGACCGACGACGAUUCAGCCGCCGCUAGGGUUUCGUGCAGCCCCGUCGAUUCGCUUCCUCAUUGAGUCCCGACACACCCAGGCGAUGGCGAUGGCGCCUGCAGAUUUCCCUUCCUGGUACGAGUAAAAACCCUAAGGGAGUCGCUCAGGGGAAACCCUAGAAUUUCAAAUCCCCAUGGUGGCCACCGCCGCCCGCGGCACCAUCGGCCGCAAAUCCUCCGGCGACGGGCCGAAUCGCACCAUACGAAAACCAAGCACGAGGCCUGGGGAUGGGGAUCGAAUCAGCGCCUUGCCAGACGACAUUAUCCACAUCAUCUUCCGGUCUCUCCCAUUCCAUGACGCCGUCAAGACCAGCGUCCUCUCCAAGCGCUGGCGGUCCACUUGGACCACCACCACCACCCACCUCGCCUUCGAUGGAAAUAUUGGAAAGCCGUUUCACGAUACCUUGUACUUCACCUCCUUCGUCCGCAGCAUCCGGACACGGUUCACCUCGCCCAACGUGAAGAGGUUCCACGUCACCAACUUAACGUACUAUGAGUUCGUCCGCUCCAAGCUCGACUCCUGUCUCAGCUUCGUGAAGGAGCGCAACGUGGAGGAGAUCCGCCUGUGGCUUUCCACGCGCUUCCUGUGUGGACUGCCGGCGUCCUUGUAUUGCUUCAGUUCGUUGGUGAGCCUGGAAGUCAGUUCGUGCCGUUUCUCGUUGGAUGGGACUAUUAGCUGGCCUCGUCUGAAGGUCUUGUCGUUCGAAAGAGUGGUGCUGAGUGAAGAUGUGCUCAAGGGAAUUUUUAUGGCAAGUCCUCUUUUAGAGUCCCUUAAGCUGUGCGAGUGCAGCUCGCUGAAGAACAUUAUAAUAGAUGCAACAAGUUUGAAAGAGUUGGUACUCGUCGCCAUUAAUUACUUUAACGUGAAGAAAAUCUGGGCCCCGCAUUUGCUGUCAUUGCGGGUAUCUGGGGACUGGUGGCCUAUUUCCCAGUUCAGACUUGACGAUGUAUCUUCUUUGGUGGAAGCCCAGUUGGAUUUUGUCUUUCAUACUGAUGUCGUCAACGACGACAUUCGGACUGAUGACAUGAGGAUACGCCGCGAAUUUGUGAAGGAACUUUUUGAGAAGCUGCGCGGAGUUCGUACAAUCACCAUUAACGGAUGGUGUUUGCAGGCUCUGUCCGUUUUGGAGAUGGAAGAAGCGCCAUCUCUAUUGUCAAAAUGUCAGAAUCUGAUACUACAUGCAGGUGUUAGUCAAUGGGACCUUCCCGGGAUAGCAUACAUGCUACGAAGUUCACAGUGCCUGGAAAAAUUAGAUAUACUCCUGACUGGUGACUGCUGUCCGAAGCUUGAGCUUGACGAAGAAUCUAAAGAACGUUUUAACUUUGACGAAGAAGAUUUUUUGUGUUCACGGAAGGGGAGCUUCCAACAUUUGGCGGAAAAUCUCAAGAGAGUUGAGAUCGCCGGUUCCGAAGCCCAUAGUUCUGGGUCGAAAUAUCUGCACGCCCUGAUUAAGUUUAUUCUUGGUGAUAUACACUUGUGCUGGAGAAGAUGAUUAUCAAGGCUGAUCAGUGCACGCAACAUGGACAAGAAAUUCUUCAAGCCGAUGUUUUUUGAGAACUACUUGGUGUGAACCAAAAUUUGCUGUUCUGUGGAAGAGCUUCCUAAAAUGCUUUAGUUAUUAUGACAAUCGGGGUUUUUUUAGUGGCAGGGGUAUGUUGCCCUGGGCACCACUUUGCUCAUUCCUAUUCACUCUCUUUUGACAUUUAAGUUGUAUAUAAACUAUGACACUGUUUGGUUUUGAGCAUGUACCUAAUUUAUAAUUCUUUCAAAUUUAGUUUAGUUGUGAGUAUGAAUCUCUUAAGGAACGAGGUUAAUGUUAGUGUUUUGGAUUAUCAGCAUAUGAAAAGGUGUUUACUCGAGA